AUGCAGUGUCUGCCACAGUUGAUAUUGGCGCUUGCGCUAUGCGCUUUGCUCUCACCACCAGAAGCCUUGGCCAACGGAAAGGGUCUACGCUCCGUGGGCCGUGGCGAGAAUGUCUAUCCCGAGGGUCGAUUCACCUCAUCGAUGAUAAACAAGCUGAACGCGCUGAAGACCACCACGACAACUACCACCUUGCCGCCAACAACCAUAUUACCAAUCUCCCCAAGCACUCCUCCAACCACCACAACCUCCGGCACUUCGACGUCUGAACCAAUAACAGACACCACACCAACAACACCAACAGCCACUUCCACUGGCAGAAGCUUCGAUGAUGACGUUGAAUUUGCUGAGGCGGAUGAUGAGGAGCAGGUCUACAAUGCGCGUGCCUAUGAUGAUGAUGCCGAGGAUGAUGAUGACGACAAUGAGCAGCAGUCCUCCGUCGAUGACGACAAUGAGAUUGAAAGCGAUGAUGAUGAUGCCGAUGCCUAUUAUAUGGUCGCUGCUGGCGGCAGUGUUGCCUCUGCAGCCAAGCCAGCUGCCGCAGUUGCAGUCAACGAUAAGCUUAUCCAAAGCCUGGUGCGUCGUCCAACCGAACAGCAGUGGCGUCAGUUCCAGCUGGAGGAGCGCAAUCGCCGUCGCAUGAAUCGCCUGCAAAGGGAGCACAAUCAGCAAGUCCGGGAAUUGCUGCGUCGUCAGCGCAUCUCGCAGCGUCGCAAUUCGCAGCGCAUCCAACGCAUCCGGCAGCAGCAUCGUCGCCAGGUGGCCAAACGCAAUCGUCGCAACAAGAAUCGCAGCAAGAGCCAACAGCAGCGUCGUCGUCGCAACAAUCUCCAGCGUCGCCGUCGCGUCAAGUCCCAGAGUCAGCGUCGCCGUCAGCGCAUGAAUCAGCGCCGUCUCCUCCGUCAGUUGCUCCGUCGUCGUCGUGGACGUGGCCGUAGCCUGGGACGUCUGGCCGUCGCCCAAUUGUAA